GAGAAUGAGGUUACGGGUAUCUUGCGGGGUAAGGUAUGUUCUAAUGCUGCAAAGACCGAUACAUUCAAAUUUUCCACAACCCCCCCUCUUAUUUGGAUCAAAUCUGAAAUUGGCAUCAUAAUAUCCCGCUGGUUCCGUUAAAAAAAUCGAGUAUCUAACCCAAGAUGGACAACAAAUCCGCCUUUAGCCAUCGCACUCUAGAGGUCAGCCAAAGCGUCGAGAAUUUCAGACGCUUCUCUUCGGAGAAAAUGGUCAAAGCACGGACUUUCUUGUAUACCUAGUAUACAUACAACCAGCCUCUUUAGCAGAUCUCAACAGAGAAACGGGAGACUCGUGGUUUUCGUCAUCAGCUGUAGCUUUCCCAUCUCUCGGCUCUAUUGUCGGAUCGUCCUUCUUGCCUUUUAACCUACCAAACGCCUCAAGUAUCUAUAUCUUGCUGCAUAACUAUCUCUUUGUCUGAUUGUGUUCUGUUCUGCGAUUUGAAACUACUCCAAUAAUGACGCCACCGGAAGGCACACGUCGCAGGCUGCGCUCCAACCAUGCUUGUCUCAACUGCAGGCGAAAGAAGACACGUUGUCCGGGAGAGAAGCCUGCCUGUUCGUGCUGUGUACGGCUAAACCAGCAGUGUUUCUAUACACCUGUGGCAAGAGUCUCGUCGAUAGAUAGUCAAUCUAAAGAUAGACUUGCGGAGCUCGAAGAGAAGGUCAAUCUCAUAUUAAACGGUAACAUACCAACUUGGACGACACGUCAACGACAAGUAUCUGAAGAAGCUAGCGAACGCCCAGGGAUACAGUCCUCGGCCACUGCUAAUUCUGCAACUACUGGGUCAAGCUACAGUACCAAUGAUACGGCUCUCGUUGAUUCUGGCUGUGACUAUAGGAGCCCGCAACAUUCAUCAAUGCUAAUUGCUACGGCAAUAAGUCUUUAUCUCGAUCACUGCCACAGACAACCGAUCUGGUGCUUCAACUUAGAAGAGCUCGGAGAUCUAGCGUCCCACUCCGAAGAACUACUUUGCAGUGUUUUGGCGCUUACAAUGCGAUUUUCUGACGAGCGCGACCAGGAGUAUGACUACGCUGAGAAUGCGAGGGGCCUGGUCAUGCUCCGCAUUGCAAACGGUACGGUGGAGCUGGCAACAAUUGAAAGCUUAUGCUUACUGUCUUAUUCUUCUUUCGUAGAUGGACAGAUGCAGCUUGGUCGGUUCUAUCUCGGCCUUGCUUUUCAACUUUGCCGAUCAGCGAUGCUGGACCACGACAGAGCAUACAGUCUCAAGGAUCCACAUAUGGAGCGCAAGAAGAGAGUCUUCUGGAGUCUCCAGUUACUAGAGCAGACGUAUGGCCAACAGAGCGGUCUACUCAGUGUCCCAACGGAGACUUGGCGCCCUCCUUAUUUCCCCAACUGUACGGAUAGGCAACUGGUGAAUGAGCCUGGGCCAAACCCUCCACCUCUGCCCAUAGACACCGUCGACUGCCCAGCAGGAACCGAAAUAGGGAUAUGGAGCAUGACAAUACAUUGUGGAUGGGUCUGGAGUAAAGUAAGAACAUACGUAUCUUACUGUGCCAGCAAUCGCCUAAAAGAGCCCUGGCGGCAUGAGUCGAUGUACUCUAUGGUGCUGUCCGACCUCACCGAGAUCGAGAACAGAACUCCACUUUGCCACAGAUAUGAUUCCGUGCGGUUCUACGAGCGCAAACCAGAGGAAGUAGCGGUCAAUCGAGCUUAUUGGGUUCCCUGGCUGAAAUUUCAGUUCAUGUAUCAUGCGAUUCUUACCGUCUUGAACCAUCCAUUUCUGUAUAUCAUGGCAUCGCAGCGAAAUUCUAAUCUCGCCAUUCCAAACAGCUUUUGGAGGAGAUCUUCAGAGCAGGUCCUGCUGCAUGCGACGUGGAUUGUUCGCAUGAUUGAUAUGGUUUCGGAAAAGGGGUUGCAACUCUCCGAUCCUUUCUUUGCACACGUUGCUGCGAUUGCAGCUACCGUUCAACUAUAUUAUUGCUGUGCGGCUGAUUCUAGACUCAAAUACAAGUCAAGAGCAGACUUAGCAAAAUCGAGAGACUUUUUGAGAAGCUUCGUACACUUCUCUCAUGCUUGCGAAAUUUUGAGCCAUACUGUCGACAGAAUAACGCAAAUUGCAUCCGGAUCAGGCAACGUGAACCACGAUGACUGGGUGACAUCAAAGAUUCAUCUCAAUAUACCACUGAUGUGGGAUAUAUUACAAUUCAGCUGCACUGACAAAUAUUCUCAAGCGACGUCGAAUUCCAGUAUACUGCACCCCUCCCUCAUCCCAGGAGGCGCCAGUGAGUCUUCUGAGGAAAACUCCGUCCUUGAGAUAAUCGUUACAACAUCACCGGAGGUCACAGUCAACACAGCUGAUGGGGGCCAGGCUGUGCCUCUACCACUGUACAAGACCACCACCUCUUCAACUUCAGAUCGUUCCGGUAACAAUACCUCCCCAGACAGAUUAAUUGCACCUGUCGAUAGUCUCAUGUUCAAUACGCCGUGGUUGUGGGCCGAUUCCGCACAAUUCGGUGAUGUGAGCGAUAUAGGAUAUCAUAGUUCAGCGCCUGCGGUAGGAGAUAUUGAAGGAUCGGCGUGGUGGGAUCUUGGAAACCUAUAAUGAAAUGCGUCACACAAGUGGCGAUUUGACUGAAGGCGCAGCUCCCAUUCCCCUUAUCAGGCUUUCCUUCUAGGACUAAGUCGCGCUUGUUACUCUAUCUUGGCCUAUCUCAACCCCU